AUGCCUGAAGCUGAUCUCGACCGGAAAAUCACACUCGCCGACGACGAUCCACCGCAAAAUGAAGCCCCGCCGGAGUCAUUCUGGCUAUCAAAAGACGCCGAAUACGACUGGUUCGACCGCAACGCAUUUUACGAGCGGAAAGACUCGAAGAGAGCCAACUCAAAUUCAACCUCAAGUUCUCAGCGCUUUCCGGUUACCUUGAAGCCCAAGGCAUCCAUAUUCGGACUCCCGAAGGCUCAAAAAACCGCCUUCAUGGAGUCCAAACGGAGAGCCUGCAAACCGGCCAGCAUAAGGCUGUUUCCCAAGCGGUCCGAGUCGAAGGCGGCCGUGCCCGUGGUCGAACCGGGUUCGCCCAAGGUUUCCUGCAUGGGGCGGGUCAGAUCUAAGCGGGGCCGGCGGCGGUCCAACUCGGUGAAAAAACCGGGCGAGAAGGCGAAAACCGGGAUCUGCUCGAGGGUGAUGAGCCUAUUCCGGUCGAAGAAGGGCGGGAAUGGGAGGGUGAUGGAGAUCGUCAUGGUUGACGAUGGUGAACCGGCGCCGCGGAAAAGCGUGAGCGUUGAAGUGAGGGGAGUUCCGGUUAGUGGCGAACUGCCCGGGUUGGGUGGGAUAACCCGGUUCGCAUCGGGUAGGCGGUCUGGGUCGUGGGUGGCUGAGGAGAUAAAUCAGGCGGGAUUUGAUGGGUAA